GGUGCGCCCCCGGCCGGCGUCCGGGCUGCUGCUCGCGCCCGCCAGCACUCGGGCCCGUGCGCCGCGCGGCCCCCAAGUAACCGACCCUGGGGAGACCGCGCGCAGGAGCCGUUUGGGGCGUCGGCGCGGGCACAGGCGUUGGCUUUUAGAAGUUGAGAUCCAGCGGUGCCCCGGCCAGGAGGACGUGUGCAGGGAAGCCUCGCUCCAGCCCGCGCAGUGUUCCAGACCCGAGUCUGUAGCCACCUGGUCCCCGUUUCCCUUGUCCACGCGUGACCGCUACCUGGGUGCAGUGCCCUGCCCGUCUCCUCUGUGGCUCUUCUCCCGCCAUGGAGGACUCGGAGAAGACGGACGUGGUCCUCCUGGCGUGCGGCUCCUUCAACCCCAUCACCAACAUGCACCUCCGACUGUUCGAGCUGGCCAGGGACCACAUGAACGGGACAGGAAGGUACCGAGUUGUCGGGGGCAUCAUUUCUCCCGUCAGCGACGCCUACAAGAAGAAAGGGUUGGUGGCCGCCCGCCACCGCGUGGCCAUGGCCGAGCUCGCCACCCAGAGCUCCCAGUGGGUGACGGUGGACGCCUGGGAGAGUCUCCAGAGGCGCUGGACGGAGACGGCGCAGGUGCUGAGGCACCAUCAGGAGAAGCUCCAAGCCAGCCACCAGGGACACCAGCGGGACUCGCCCGCGCUGGAGAGGACCGGGCGGAAGAGGAAGUGGGCUGAGGAGGGACAGGACCUGAGCCCAGAGAAGCCCCUGGAGCCCCCCCAGAAGGGCGUGCCCCGGGUCAAGCUGCUGUGCGGGGCGGACCUGCUGGAGUCCUUCGGGGUCCCGCGCCUGUGGAAGAGCGAGGACAUCGCCCUCAUCGUGGGCCACUACGGGCUCGUGUGCAUCACCCGGGCGGGCAGCGACGCCCAGCAGUUCAUCUACGACUCUGAGAUGCUGUGGCAGCACCGCCACAACAUCCACCUGGUGCGCGAGUGGGUCACCAACGACAUCUCGUCCACGCGCAUCCGCCAGGCCCUGCGGCGCGGCCAGAGCAUCCGCUACCUGGUGCCCGACGCCGUGCAGGACUACAUCGCGCGGCACGGCCUGUACAGCCGCGAGAGCGAGGAGCUGAACGCGGGGCUCACGCUGGCCCCGCUGGAGAGGAACGCCGCCCCCUCCUAGCCGGCGGGCGCCCGUGCCACGCGCUGGAGCUGUCCAAGGAGGAACGGGCCGGAGCCACGGCACGGCAGCGGCAUGUGCCGUCCCCGAGCACCCCAGGAGAGACCCCUGAGCACAGGGUCAGGGGUCAGCCCUGAGCACCGCCACUCUGGCCCAGAAAACCAGGGUCUCGGGCCUUGCUGGAGACCCCCCCCACAGCGCCCCCACCUUAGAGCCCAGUGCCGGGAGUGGCUUUGGGAGGCCCCCGCCCCACCCUGCCCCUGGCGGCCGGGCCCCCGAUCGUGCGGGCCCACUGUGCUCACCACUUGAGAAUCUAGGCAGACAGGAUCCCCCCGCCCCCCCCAGGUACUCAGCCUCUCUCUGAUUGGUCCUUUCGGAUCACCACAACCAAAGCAGAACUGAGGAAGAAAUCCAGAGCUUUGACUGCGAGACAUGUUUGUCACAUGGUUUGCUGCUGAUUUAAAAAGUGGCGACAGCGUUACCCAAUCAAUCGAAAAAGCCAAGAGACCCAGGAGGCUUCUACGGGAACAGCGUGAGAUUGGGGACCCUCGCGUGGUGCCGGGGGCAGGACCCUUUCCCUUCCGCAGCUUCCAUCCCUGCCUCCCUCCCUACCCCCACCCCCGCUCUCCAAAGCCUGGCAGCUGCGAAGACGAAAGGCUGCGGUUACAGCUGCAUUGCUGGGACCGUGGGGUGUAGCUGCACAGUCCCCGACGGCCCCCGCGGAGAGUGUGGGCCCGGCCCGCCAGCCCGCCGCCGUCCUGCGAAAGAGCCGGCGAGACGCCGAGGAGGCCGUCACACUUGAACUUUGAUUUUCAGGGAGAAAUUGCUGCCUCGUUCACGCACUUGAAGAGUUCUGGCGCCAGAGUCGGGCGUGAGGGUCUCUCUCGGCCGCGCCUCCUGACCGAAGAGGGGCCCUGCCCAGCCCGCUGUCCCCAGGCCCUACCGUCCGCAGCCCUUUAGCUGGACAGCACCUUGGCACCUGGCCCAGGCCGCCGGCUCUGCUCGGACUCUCCCUGCUGCUGCCUCGGCGUGUUUGGCGGAACAGGGAGACCUCGAGCACAGAAGCUCCUCUGGGGAAAACGGAAACCGGGGCACCGGGCCUCCGGGGUGGGGGGGACAGGAAUCAGUCCCGCGGCUCCCGGAGGAAGGAGCGAGCGGGCUGCGGGGACUCGGGACCGGGGACUCGGGACUGGCACCGCGAGCUGCGUUUCGGUUUGUUUCAGUUUUGGGGGAGGGCCGCCCCCAGCAGUGCUCAGGGCAGACUCACAGUCCAGUGCUCAGGGGUCACUCCCGGCGGGGCUCAGGGACGGUAUGUGCUGCCAGGGAUGGAACCCGGGUCACCUCGGGCCGGGCAAGUGCCCUCCCCGCUACAUCCCUCUGCGGCCCCAAGUUUGGUUUGCUUUUGCUUUUUCUCCUUUUUCCUGCUUUUGGGCCACUCCCGGCAGUGCUCAGGGGUUAUUCCUGGCUCUGCACUCACUCCUGGCAGUGCUGGGGGGACCAUACGGGAUGCCGGGGCUCGAACCCAGUGCGAGGCCAGCAUUCUGUCUCUGAGUGUGUAAGGCCCGUGCUCUCCGGGCUUUCCCCGCCCCCGCCGCUCCCCCUCGUGUCAUUCGCCGGCAGCCAAGGCGCGCUCGGGACAGGCCCCGGCUGGCGGCUGCCUUCAGCUGAGCACGGGGGAGCGAGACCUAGGCCCGCCCCAGAACCCUGAAGCUCAUUCCUGGCGUGGGGAGAUGCACUCUGCUCUCUCUCUCUUGGCUGCCAGAGGGUGGAGGAAGCCUGUUUGCCCCCCGCCCCCCACACACACACCUGUCCACACGCAGGGCGGCCCCUGGGGGUCCUGAGCCCCCACUCUCAGGUUUACUUCUGGAGCUCAGAAAUCCGUAUCUGGAGUUGGACCCCGGGAACAUGGAACCUCGGUGUCCCGGGGCCUCUCCAAGGGCCCCCAGCCCACUGACCUUGUGAACGGGAUCUCUGACCCCUGACCUCUGACUUCAUGAAAUUGGGCACUUCGUGGAGCGUUUGGGAACAGCCGGACACAGCCCUGGGGUGGACAGUCUCUUUCCACUGCCCUCUUGGCCUCUGUCUUAGAUGACUUGUCAGAGCCACAUGCCCCCCUUCUGGCCACCCCGAGUGGGCGGUGUGAGGGGAGGGGACAGGGUCCUGCCCGCAGCGGGCAGUGAUAACCCAGGUAGAUAACCUAGGACCUCGGUAGUGGCUGCGCCCAGCAGAGUGGAGGAGGGAACCCAGGUGGGAUUUUCCUUUUGCCCCCGGCCUGGCCUCCUCUGGAAGCCUGUUCGCUGCCUCACAGUGGGGUGACCAGCGCCGUGAGUAAGGGCACAGUUUUGCCAGACGCUGAGCUACCAGUCGGGCACCGUUGGGACGGGUCCUCCCUCUGUCUUUGGUACCACGUGUGUCUUCAGUUCCUCACCCACCGCCCACAGGACUCCCCGGCAGCUGCCUCUUGGGAAAUCACUCACGAUCGCGAUCACGAAAUCCCGUUAAUCAUCGAUUUCUCGAGCGUACUCGGUAACCUCUCCAUUCGUCCUUUCCCUGAGAUCUUAGAAGUCUCUCUCGACUCCCCUCCCAAAGAUGUCCAUGUCGCACUGGCUCUUUCAGGGACGGGAAUGGUGUGUUCAGCUUGCUACUGGCUUUAGCUAUGAAUACACCAUGGGAAGCUUGCAAGGCUGUCCCCUGUGGGCAGGAAACUCAGAAGCUUGCCACUUUCUCCAAGAGGGAGAAGUAGGCUACAAGAUAUCGAGAGGCCACAAAGCGGCUGUGCUCUUCUGGGAGCUUGCUUUUAAGUCUCUGGAUGUUGGCUGUUAGAAUCACACACCCCUGGGUUCCUUUCGUUUCUUUAUUUCUAUGUUGUUGGAGUUACACAUACCUGGGUUCUCUGCCGGUACCUUCAUGCGUGAGGCCUGUCUGAACGUGUGGAGAGGGGCCUCGAGCAUGGCUAUGGCUAGGUUCCGGUGGUCUUCGACCUAGUAGUGAUUGGGAGACCACUACUAGGUGUAAUCUAUGGGAGGGGGUCAGACACCCCCACCUGAUCAGCCAAAUCACAGCAGAACUCAGCGGGAGGCCUCAGGGAUCCCAGGCCCUGGGCUGUGCAGGCUCACUUCUGGGGUGUCCCUCCACCUGUGCUCACGGCUGGACCCCUUGAACUCUUGCUGCCUCCUGUUUCUUGGGGAAAGGGGGCUCAGGUGGGGAGGGGGGCCGCUGCCUCAAUCCCUUUGAAGGAAUCUUUUCUCCCUGGGGGCCCGCAGUCUUCCUCUCGGCGGACAGGCCUGGUUUGCUUUCUGACUGCCGAGAUGCCCACGUGUCGAGGGGCUGGUCUGGGGACAGCCUCUCGCCCACCUGGAAGCUCUACGCUUCGGGAUUCCUGCCAGAGAACAGCCCUGCCCAGCCCCGCCCCCUUCUCACCAUGGGCCAGGUGGGGCCCCAGCACAGGCACCCGGUUCUUCGCUCUUUUCCCCAGAUGUGGCUGGGGCGCUUCCCAGCACAGGGCCCCUCCGGUUCCAUGUUGGCGAGAGUCCCCUUUUCCCCCGGGGAUGACACCACAGCUUCUUUAUCCAUUCACCUGUUGUCGGACUUGGUGGGGGUGUGCCGCAGGGCACGUAGAUGUGGGAGAUCGUUUCUUCAGAGAGACCCGAGGCUCCAGGCCGUGCCUUCCCUCCCGCGGUGGUCCCUGGGCUGAGUGCAAUAAAUAGGCAAAUCCCAGACUUCCCUGUUCGUCCUUUGCUCUGCUCGCGGAUGAGCCGCUUCCAUUACUGGGCUGGGGCUUACCGCCACGCUUGGGGCAGCCUAACGCGUCGGUGGCUCUGUCCCUGCGGGAGGAUCCCGAGCUCUCCCUCGCUGUGGUCCACAAACACCCGCACCCCCCCUGCAAUGUUACUCAUGGUUCAUCCUGCCUUGCAAGACGCGCUCAUUUCAAAGUGCUGGUUUCUGCUCUUGAGAGAAUGGAAAACUAAGACAUGCCAAUACUCAACUUCAAAGCAUAAUCCAGAGAUCAGUUUCCACUCAACAACUUUUGUUUUAGUUUUUUUGUUUUUGGGUCACACCCGGUGAUGCACAGGGGUCACUCCUGGCUUUGCACUCAGGAAUUACUCCUGGCGGUGCUCGGGGGACCGUAUGGGAUGCUGGGAAUCAAACCCGGGUUGGCCGCGCGCAAGGCAAACGCCCUCCCCGCUGUGCUAUCAUUCCAGCCCCCCACCCAACAACUUUUGUUGGCUGUUGGUUUGGAGGCCACACGCCUGGCCCGCUGUGGAAUGCGAGCACCGGGGACCAGAGUCCUGCAUCAGCCUGUUGAGACACGGCUCUGCCCCCGCUGUCCUUGUACAGAAACAGGGCCGGAGAGGAGGGGCUUGCCUCACAGAUGGCAGGUCCUGGAAUCCCCAGUUUGGUUCCCCAAGAACCACCAAGGAUGGGCAAGAGAACACGGGGCCGGAGAGGGAAUGCAUUUGCCAAGCACACAGCCGACCUAGUUUGAUUUCUGGCAUCGUCUCUGGUCCUCUGAGCACUGCCAGGCGUGAUCCUUGAGUACAGAGCCGGGAGUAACCUGUUUUGGGGUGUGGCCAAAAACCUACUUGAAUCACUUGUAAUGUUUAAAUGUGACCAAUAAAAUAAGCUCGCAAGUCCAUUGCGGAGUCCCUGAGUUCGUUAGAGCAUCAUAGAUCCCGAUUCCAAAGCGUCACCAACUUGCUGGCAAACGGGCUCUUCGGCCACUCUGGCGAAGUCUCAGGUCUUCUAGGGGUAAUUCUGGGUGUGAGUGGGUGUGAGCGUAUGUGGGAUCAAACCCGGUCUCUACCUCUGAGCUACAUCCCGAGCCCAGGAGUUACUUGCUGUUAUGCAAAGAUCCUUCCUGGGCCCAAGAGUUACUUGCUCGUGUAUAAAGAUCCCGAUCCAGAGAAAGGUCCCUCGUGAGUUCACACUGGUGAGAGCCGUUUCCUCCCCGCCAGAGAAACAGAGAUGGGGAGCACAGCCUGAGGGGGAACACGGCCCGUCUCAUGCAGGGCUGCUGGCAUACUUCUGGGACAUCUGAGGGGGG